AUGGGAGUGAUCUGCAUAUUUACCGCACUGUUAUUUCUCUCUGGGUAUGUCCUGCAGCAGCAAUCUGUCAAGAACAUUCAACAUGCUUUGAAACCCCAGGAAGCCGCACAAAAAGCCAAACAUAAGUCGGGCCCCGCAUUCAAAAAGCCACUAAAACGAGGGGGUGUAUCAGACACAGGGAAUGGGGCUGAUGAAGAUGUACCUAUCAUUGGGAGGCAACCCAAUUACGACUCAUUUGGAAACUAUGCCUAUCUCCAAAUGCUAUCUGAACCAGAUCCAUCAGACAUCUGCUCCGCAAUCCUUUUCUUCAAACAACUCUCGACAAAUGGAACAGACGUCCAGGACCGCCUUUUCAUGUACCCAGAGCAUUGGGACCGAAUGUCAACCGAGAAAUUGGGCGCAUCUGCCACCAAAGCAUUAUCUAUCUUACGCACUGCAAGUGCUGAAUACAACAUCUGGCUCCUCCCCAUCGACAUGUCAGCAGCCACAGCUGCAGGCUACUCAACAACAAACAGCAAGCUGCUCCACCUGGGCCAAAUCCAGUUCAUGCAGUAUGACAGUGUCCUCUAUCUUCAAACACCUGGUAUACUGUUAGAUACAGGCAAACUGGAUGAUAUGCUCUUGGAUCGACCCCUGCCCCUCCGCCACGACAAGGAUCGCCCAGAGUCGUACAACAACGAGGCGUGGAUUCCUAUGCCCCUUCGCGCAAACCGUGAGGCGGACCUCCCGCCCGUAUAUCUCAUUACCGUCAACAAUAUCGAGAAUGGGAAUAUUGAGGCAAGGACUCAUGUUCCGAAUGUGGCGUUGCCUGGUUUUGGUAGCCUUGUGGUUGGGCCCCGGGGAGCUGCCAAAGCAGCGAAAUCGGCGGAUGCCAAUCAGCCUGGCUAUGUUUAUUUCGAUAGCGAUCGUGAUGGACAUGUGAAGUGGGCCAACAAUCCUCAUUUUGGGAACUGGCGAUCCCAGCAAGCUGAAGUUUGUGAGGGAUUGGAUUUGGACGAAAUCAUUCAUGACGAGCAAUGA